UGCGCUCUGCAAAAUUCAGAGGAAGAUGAUGAAGACAGCAGGGACUCUGUGUCCCAGACUGGCUUGUAUGAAGAAUGUGCGGAGUCACUUCACCAGUUGGCCGACAAGCUUCCUGCACCAGGGAAAGCAUUGGUGGAUAUCCUACUGAUCUCUCCAGAUGUUCCAAAGUUGAAGGAGUGUUUACUUGCACUGGGGGCAAUCAAACACCUGAGAGAAUGGCAUGCGGCCAAGAUAACGAUUGUGACCAGAGAAAAUAAGGGGUGGCACAAGAUAUCGAAUUACCUUUCUGCUUCUAUAGUUGCCCCUGAAUGUCUUAGGAAUUCAGUUGAUCCACAAGAGUUAUGGAGAGGCUCUACUGAAAUAUAUGAGCGUAAGCUUAGUUCAGAAGUAGAAUUUCCAGAUUUUUGUCUGAGAUCUUCUUGUGAUGUUGUUACCCCAUCACAUUUCCUGAGACACAGCAGUAUGAUAAAUCGCCAUAAGGACAAGAAUUUUGUACUACCUGAGGUCUUCCAUUACUAUGGCACAUCAUUGCAGUUUGUACAAAUGGUGGAGAUGUCAGAACUUCCAAAAUAUUUCAUAUCGGACCAUGUAUAUGAACUGUGUCUGACAAGAAAUUCACUGCAAGGAAAAUCUAAGCUGAUGCUGGAUCAGUUGUGCUCAUUGAAUGACAAGGUCGGGGCUGUACUUCUGCUGUCAUGUAAUGUGUGCAGUCUUCCUCUACCUCCUGAGUCACAGCGUAGUUCAAGGAAGUGGAAGGAGUACAUGUCCAGGAAGCCAAAAGACAUCAAAGUUCCAGGGAUUAAGCUUAAAGGGGAGUAUUGCAGUUACUACUUCUUAGUCCAAGGUUUAAAAAAUGGAGCGUGCAAGGCAACCAUGCUUCACUCUGCCAAUCAGAUCAAUGGAGCUGCCUCGCUUGUUUUGCUGCAUCAACGACUGCAUGAUGGGCCCAAGACAGGCAAUCCAGAUUGCAGCACACUGAGCAAUCUACCUCUUUUGGAUGGUGAUCAGGUUUUGAUGAGGGAGAGGGCUCUGGCCCAUGCUCGGGCCUUAGUGUUGGAGGAAUUUUUCAAGAGAAAAGAUGGUGCGCAACCGCUUGCCCCUGCAAAUGUUAACUCAUUGAAGACUUUGUUUAAACUGACUCGAGAUGCAGUUUUCAGAAUUUAUGAAAGCAAGUUGCCCAGUGACAAGCAGGAUGAAAAACCCAACAGCUCCGGAGCUGUCCCUGCUGAAUAUCAAACAGCCUUGCUGAAUCCAUCUGACUGGCCAGAGAGAAAUGUACUUCAAAAUCUGGAAAACUUUGAGAAAAUGCAGCAGAGAAUCCGGGCAUCUAUGCUAUCCAGCUCAGCAGACCACUUACUGGGCCGAAAGGACAAUCAAAAGGAAGGCCUGACACUGCUGGAUGCCAAGGAAUUACUGAAAUACUUCACUCCGCAAGGGCUAGCAAUUGGAGAGCUCCAACCCUUGCCGGUCCAGAGAGGAGAUAAUGUCUUCCUACUAACACCCCAACUUACCCCACGAAAAUUAAGUGGCCUGCCUUUUGAAAAAGCC